AUGUAAACUAUAUUUCUAAUAUUAUAUUAAUUAGAAGCUGAAAGUUCUUUUUAGAGAUAUCGAAAUCCUUUAAAUGAAUUUCAUAACAAAAGUGAAUCAAAUUCAUUUGAGCACAAGUAAGGUGAAUUCCAUAUACCUAUUAAUUAAUAUAUGUUUUUACCUUCUACACCUAUCUAUCCAAUCUUAGGUAUUUAUUAUAAUGAUUUUCAGGUGAACAGAAGUUUGAAAUAUUAGAUUAAACAAAUUUUUUUCAUAAAAAUAACAAUCAAGUAGAAUUAAAUAAGACUGAGAAAGAAAUCGAAUAUAAGCUAAAUCUAACUACAUUUGGAUGUAAAAAGAUCUGUUAGAUAGAUUGUUUAUUGGUAGAAAGAUAUUUCAAUCAAAAAUAUUGGGUAUGGAAACAUUCUAUAUAUAAAGAUAUUUUAAAAUGCUAAUUAAUGUUACAAACUUGAUUAAAGCUAUAAAAAUAAUGCUGACUGGCUAAAAGAAAGGUUAUAAUAUCGUUAUAAACCUUAAAUUUAUGAGGUUUUUGUUGAAAUGAUAGAAGGAAUUCUUAAUGAAGGACAAUUAUAAAUGAAUGCUAGAAAAGAGCCUAUAAAACUGACAAAUUAAAAAGUUUUUCAAAAUUUGGAAAGAUAGAUUUCAAAAAGUGUAAAGUAGGAUAAAACAUUUGAUUCAUUCCUUUUUGAGAUUCAAAAAGUCAUUGCUGAGUUUAUAUUUACUAAAUUAAAUUGA